CCAAGAUGUCAGCGCCCGGUCACGUCCUGCACGGGACUCACUGUAGGAUCAUUUCAUAUAAAAAAUAAGAUUUUUAAAAAUGUAUUCGUGUUGUUUCCCCGCCGGAAGCAUAAAUGUAAUAAACGAUCGUCCACAGGUUUCCUACGGACCGUUAGCUACCAGCAGGGGAAAUGCAUUUAGCUUAGUUUAAUGUGAGCUUGACGUGAACAUGUCAUUUUCUCUGGUUAAACUCUGUGAGACAUCCCUGUUCAGACGUGUUUUACAGCUCAGAGUUUAUAGAUGUAGCAGACAGAGCCAUAAAAUGAGCCACAUACUGCUGAGGCAUCCAUGGAUGAAAAGGCUGACUGUGUUUCUCACCUGUACCAGGAGGAUGAGCUCACAGACGGACAAGGAAACCGUAGAUCUCUCUAAGUUUCCUCCAGACAGGAUCAGGAAUUUCAGCAUCAUCGCUCAUAUCGACCACGGGAAAAGCACUCUGGCUGACAGACUGUUGGAGAUGACAGGUGCCAUAGUGAAGACAGAGAAGAACAAACAGGUGCUGGACAAGCUACAGGUGGAGCGAGAGAGAGGGAUCACAGUGAAGGCCCAGACAGCCUCGCUGUUCUACCACCACCAGGGUCAGCAGUAUCUCCUCAACCUCAUCGACACGCCGGGUCACGUAGAUUUCAGCUAUGAAGUAUCUCGGUCGAUCUCUGCAUGUCAGGGUGUUUUGUUGGUUGUCGAUGCCAAUCAGGGGGUUCAAGCUCAGACAGUGGCCAACUUCUACCUGGCUUUUGAGGCUCAGUUAACAAUCAUCCCUGUUAUCAACAAGAUUGACUUAAAAAACGCUGAUCCAGAGAGAGUGGGCUCACAGAUUGAGACGCUGUUUGAUAUUCCACAAGAAGAAUGCAUAAAGAUUUCGGCUAAACUUGGAACAAAUGUUGACAAAGUCCUUCAAGCAGUUGUGAACAGAAUUCCACCGCCUGUGGCGAGUACAGAUGACCCGUUUAAAGCCCUGGUGUUUGACUCCAACUUUAACCACUACAGAGGCGUCGUGGCUAACAUCGCGUUGUUUGGAGGUCGGGUGAAGAAAGGGGACAGGAUCGUGUCGGCACAUCUCAACAAAACCUAUGAGGUCAAUGAGCUGGGGCUUCUGCGGCCAGACGAGCAUCAGACUCAGGGGCUUUUUGCAGGCCAGGUCGGCUACAUAAUAGCAGGGAUGAAGGAUGUCAAAGAGGCCCAGAUUGGUGACACUCUCUACCACCAGGAGCAGCCGGUGGAUCCUCUUCCAGGGUUCAAACCUGCCAGAGCCAUGGUGUUUGCUGGCAUGUAUCCGAUGGAUCAGUCAGAGUAUCAAGGCCUCCGCAGCGCCAUCGAGAGGCUGACCCUGAACGACUCGAGCGUCUCAGUGCAGAGAGACAGCAGUCUGGCUUUGGGUGCAGGCUGGAGACUGGGCUUCCUGGGUCUUCUCCACAUGGAGGUGUUCAAUCAGAGGCUUGAGCAGGAAUAUAAUGCAUCUGUGAUCGUAACUGCCCCCACCGUGCCCUACAAGGCUGUCCUCUCCUCAGCCAAACUCAUCAAGGAACACGGCUGUCAGGAGAUCACCAUCGUAAACCCGGCUCAGUUCCCAGACAGAUCAGUCGUGUCGGAGUACUUGGAGCCCAUGGUUCUGGGAACUAUUCUCACACCAGACACUUACACGGGGAAGAUCAUGACUCUGUGUUUGAGUCGCAGAGGAGUCCAGAAGAACAUGGUGUACAUAGACGACCAGCGCGUCAUGAUGAAGUAUCUUCUGCCUUUAAAUGAAAUCGUUGUGGAUUUCUAUGACCUCCUCAAGUCUCUAUCCUCUGGAUACGCCAGUUUUGACUAUGAGAGUGCCAACUACCAGACCGCUGAUUUGAUUAAGAUGGAUAUUCUGCUGAACGGGCGACCUGUGGAAGAGCUCGCUACGGUUGUUCAGAGGGACCGAGCGUACACCACAGGGAAGGCUAUGUGUGAGAGACUUAAAGAGUCCAUACCAAGGCAGAUGUUUGAGAUCGCCGUUCAGGCUGCUAUUGGCAGCAAGGUCAUAGCCAGGGAAACAAUAAAAGCCUACAGAAAAAAUGUCCUUGCCAAAUGUUAUGGAGGAGACAUAACUCGGAAGAUGAAGCUCCUGAAGAAACAGGCAGAGGGCAAAAAGAAGAUGCGGCUUAUUGGCAAUGUAGAAGUCCCCAAAGAUGCUUUCAUUAAUGUUCUUAAAAGGAAUGACAAAUGAUAUUGUAUAUAGUGUAAAUUCUAUAUUAAAAGGCUGCUUUUUUAAAUAAAGGGUAUGUUGGUGACAUAGA